UGGUAGUGCAAAUGUCUACUAAAGAAGUUGUGCUUACCUUAAAAGAUGAUAAACAAGAACUGCAGAAGCAAUUAGGAUGCAUGAGUGGACUUUUUCAGAUCUUUGACAGGCGUUACCUUCUUGGUCAACGACGCCGCCAUGGCCAAAACCAGAAGAGACUACUUCCAGGUCAAAUUGACAAAGAUGAAAAAGAGUUGAAGAAUGAAUCAGAGAAACCCAAGGAAAAAACCCCAAAGGUAGUCACAAAAGAGAAGAGAGUUUCUGUUGAAUUACCAAGAAACUCCUUUUCUUCUUCUAGCUCUUCUACUGCCGUGUCAUCUUUAGAUUGUAGCAAGAGAGUUCAAACAGAACACUUUUCAUCUUCCCAAAGCGUCAUCUCUGAACCUGCUUCAACUCCAUUUUUACCAAGAAAACAACCAGAAUUGUUUAUGCAAUCACCGGAUAUCAGAGAUGUAGUGAAGGAAUGCAUGAUUAGGGAACCUCGAGUGGUAUCAAUUAAAAAAGGCGUAAAGGAAGAACGGGUUGGCCCCACGAUGAAGUAUGUUGAUUCCCCGAGGCCAUUACCACACCAAAAACCCGUUCAAUAUGACGGAAUCGAUCGAAACCUAGCUAAGCUGAGGGAAAUUCAAUGGGGUGUCGACAAAGUUAAAGAGAUAUCACGGUUCUCGUGUGAUGGACGGGAAUCACGGUAUCAGUUGAAAUCAAAUAUGAAGGUCAAAGAGCUUCCAAGGUUGUCACUGGACAGCAGACAAGUCUAUCUCAGCAAUUCUUCCAAUGAUCCAGUAAAUAAUAAGCGACCAUCAUCAAGUGUUGUGGCAAGGCUGAUGGGCCUGGAAACUUUAACAGCCUCCAUCGAUGACAAUCAGACCUCGAAAACUAAAAGUGAAGAAUCGGUCUCAAACUCAAAAUCAUUAAGAAAAGAGGUUGAAAUAAAGCAUGAUCGUUCGUCUGUUUCCCCUAGGGUUCGCAGGGAGCCCAUCUCACCUCUAAGAGGAGUCAAAGUCAGUCAUGUAAUUACAAAAAUAUCCCUAGAAACGGCUCCAUGGAAGCAGGAAGGUGGACGUCGUGGCCAACAGAAGCCACCAUUCAAGGGUAAGGAAGGUCCAGCAAAAACAGAACCAGCUUCUCCUUCUAUUUAUGGUGAGAUAGAGAAACGUUUAACUGAUCAUGAGUUUAAGACGACAGGGAAGGAUCUCAGGGCUCUUAAGCAGAUUCUAGAAGCAAUGCAGAAGACAAAGAAGAGGCUAGAGAACAAAGAGCAAGAAUUAGAAAAUUGCAGCAUUGGUGACAGGCAGAGCCAGAAAAGUGACCAACAAGUUUCCCCAAAAAUCAAUGUCAUUAGUCCUUGCAAAGUCAAACACACACAUGCCAGAAAAGAAUUGGUUGGUAGGCGACAGUUGAAAGAACCAAUUCUAAGAGAUAAGAAGUCAACUGGUAGACUACUGCCACUACCAGAUUAUUCUGCAACUGCGAGCCCAAAAAUGCAGAGAUCAAAGAACAGUAUACAUGGGCCAUCAUCUGAUUUGAGCAGACCCAAGAAACAACCAAGUAUGCAACGGAGCAGAAACCCAAAGGUAAAAUCCAUGGAUACACUACACGAUAGUGAAACAAGGAACUUGAGUCAACUCAGCGACACAGUUUCCUUCCAAUCAGAAAGUUACAGUCUUGCUUCACAGAACGAUUCAGAAGUCUCGAGUACUGAGUGGGUCCAAGAGUUAACUAGCCCAUAUCGACCAAAAGAAAACCACAGGAGUAUUGUUGCAGAAAGGUUUUAUGAUGAGAAGUCAGCAGCUGACCAUGCUAAACAUACCAUGGAACAACCCAGUCCUGUCUCUGUUCUUGAUGCAUUCUACAUGGAAGACACACCGUCUCCAGUAAAGAAGAAAAUUAUCACUUUUAAUGAUGACGAGAACUUACACUUUGAAGAAGUACAAGAUCAAGCAAUGGUGAAUAACUUGGGUAGCAGCACAAACCUAGAUCAGUAUGCAGAGAUCAAUAACAUUAAACUCAAAAGCAUAAAGCACCUAGUUCAUCAAAUUGAAUUACUGAACGCCAACACUGACAAUGCUAAUGGCAAUAACACGGCGACAUCUCCAUACGAGGAUAAAGCUGAAGAGCACAGAUACAUAGAAGAGAUACUACUAGCCUCAGGAUGCUUAAAAGAUCUGGUCUGCACUACCACAAUAAUCCAGCUUCAACCAACACGCAGUUUGAUCAACCCUGAGUUAUUCCAUGUUCUGGAGAAAACCAAAGGAUGCACAGAUCAUGGAUACCACAAAAAGAACAUGAGAUCAAAAAUCGGAAGAAAAUUGGUAUUUGAUACUGUGAAUGAUGUUCUUGGCAACAAGUUAGCCAUGAUAGGUCCUUUUGGACCGUAUAAAGGAAGGGUUCUAAAUAGAGAUAAACUACUAAAAGAAUUGUGCUCAGGAAUAGACGGUCUCCAAAGUAAUUCAGAGAGAGGCAUCUAUGAUGAGGAUGAUGAAGUUUUGAACAUCAUGAAUGCAGAUGUUAAUAAGAGGUCGCAAGAUUGGGAAGAGUACUGUGAUCAGGUUCCUGGUCUAGUAUUAGAUAUAGAGCGUCUGAUUUUUAAAGACUUGAUUAGCGAGGUUGUGAAUGGUCAGGUAACGGGUCUGCAAGAUUGGCAAGUGAGACCACAUUGUAGGCAAUUGUUUCCCUUGUAAAACUCGAAUCUUGCCCCCUCAUGUCAUCCUCCCCUUAUAUAUUCGUGGCUUUAGAAGCAGAUCUAUAGAUUAGUGUAAGCAUGUAUCUAUAAUGCAAAAGCAUGUUCGAAUGCAUAUAAUUAUAGUACAUAACUAACUGCAUUUUAUACUUA